AUGCACGCUACAACAUCUAAGGACUCUGUAUACUUUUUCGGCUACGGGUCAUUAAUUUGGAAUCCGGGAUUUGCCUACACAAACAAGGAAAAAAAGCUUAUGCACAUGGAUUUGCCCAUGCCGUCGAAUGUACCAGGGCAAAAUACAAUAUCAUACGAGGCGAUCGUUUUAACCAGUGAGAAAUUUCAGCCAGGACGCGUAGCGACGCUCGUGCGAGACGAGGACUCAUUUGCCACCGGAGUCGUUUUUGAAGUGGUCGGCGAGGACAACAUUCGGGAGGCAUUUGUACAUCUCUGGGAAAGAGAGAUCAAUAACGGUUACGAUUUUGUCGAAAUCGCUGUUGAAAUUGCGGGUACUGGUGAUGUGAUCAACGCCUGGACAUGCAUAGCCCGACUGGACAAUGAAUUUUACCUUGGCGAUGCCGACAUCGAACAAAUGGCCGUAGAGAUUCGACGGGCCAGAGGAUGUGCCGGCCCCAAUUUCGAAUAUGUACUGAAGCUGGCGGAACACGUUCGAUUGCUGUUUCCGGACGAUGAAGACGAACAUCUUUUUGAAUUGGAAAGUCGGAUUCGACUGCAAGGAGUCGCCUACGUCUAG